ACAGAUUAAUAUAAUGUCACACAUAAUUUAACAUCAAAAUAUAUUUACGAUGUCUUUACUUCAUCUGACGAAACCUCCUCCUCCUUCUUCUUCUUCAGUACUGAAACUCAAGGUUUUUCAAUGUCUCCUUCUUCCCUUGCUUCUCCAACGCCCUGUUCGUGCUGCUACAAAGAAUAUUAUUAUUCCUCCCGGUUACUCCGUCCCUGCUGUAUUUGUCUUUGGGGAUUCAAUUGUCGACACUGGCAACAACAACAAUCUCAUUACUCAAGCUAAAUGUAACUAUCCGCCUUAUGGUCGGGACUUCGCUGAUGGACGCCCAACCGGCCGAUUUUCCAACGGCAGGGUUCCCUCCGAUCUAGUAGUUGAUGUGCUUGGUAUCAAACCACUCUUGCCACCAUAUGCUGACCCGAAUCUUCAACUCGAGGACCUGCUCACCGGUGUCAACUUUGCUUCCGGUGGAGCUGGAUUCGAUCCUCUAACCUCUAAACUAGCGCCAGCAAUAUCACUUGAUGCUCAAUUAGCAAUGUUUAGAGAAUACAGAAAGAAGAUAGAAGGACUAGUAGGAGAAGAAAAGGCAAAAUUCAUAAUAGACAAUAGUCUUUUCUUGGUGGUGGCUGGAAGCAAUGACAUUGGCAACACAUUUUAUCUAGCGCGAUUUAGACAAGGUCAAUACAACAUCGAUACCUACACCGAUUUUAUGAACCAACAUGCUUCGGCUUACGUCAAGGACUUGUACGCAGCCGGUGCACGGAGGAUCGGGUUUUUCGCAACUCCGCCGCUCGGAUGCUUACCGUCGCAAAGAACUUUGGCGGGAGGGAUUCAAAGGGCAUGUGUGAAUGAGUAUAACGAUGCUGCAAAGCUUUUCAACGGGAAGUUGCAAACUACUUUGAGUUACCUUCAAAGUACACUGCCUGAUAGUAGAGUGGUUUAUGUGGAUAUUUACAACCCUCUACUUGAUGUCAUCCAAAACUAUGCGAAAUAUGGAUUUGAAGUAGCAGAUAGAGGAUGUUGUGGAACAGGAACGAUUGAGGUGACACUUCUUUGUAACAAACUUGUGAAAACUUGUCCUGAUACCACAAAGUAUGUGUUUUGGGACAGUUUUCAUCCUUCAGAAACUACUUACAACUUGCUUGUUUCUCCAAUCAUCCAAAGAUACAUUUCUAGCUUCCUAUAGUUUUCCAUUUAUUCCUCAAACGACUCUUAAUUUCCUAAAGUGUAAACAUAAAUCACCUUCUAUAUAUUUCCCAAUCUCAACUUCAUUGAUAUGUCACAUUCCAUUUGAAUAAAAUAUGCCUAUUUAUAUCUAAA